AUGACCAGCACUAUGGCACCUGUUGAAAAACCUUAUCUGCAGCUCACGUUGGACACUCUGGCCGAUAGACUGAGCCUUAAUGAUGUAAGCGUUGCUCUAUAUUGAUCUUUUUUUGAUUAUCACAGAGCUCUAGCCUAUUUUUUGCGAUUUUUAGUUUUUUCUUUAGAUUGGUGUAGUAAAAAAAUUUUUUAUGACGUUAUACUGUAAUAUUGCCUCAGGCUGAUUAUAAAUUCCCUAAUUUUAGCCCUCCACGCCUCAAGCCUGCGACAAACGCGUCUUUCAACCCAAAGGCUAUCCCAAGCAAUGCAUCAUUGACGGAGAAAUUUGGCCAGCAGUUUUCGAGCCCGAAAAGGUUCGCUCGGCCAAGAAGCUGAAGGUCCGCGACGACGACGUCUUCGUUUGCACCUACCCAAAAUGCGGCACCACCUGGGUGCAGCACAUUUGCGCCCAGCUCAUGGAGAAGUUCUACGACGAGGGCCAAGGUAAAAAUUAUAGCUGUAAUUCCUUAUCACAACCCCAGUUUCAGAACUCUCAUUCACAUCGCCGAUGAUCGAGAAAAUGGGCGCCGAGUAUUGCGACAAACUCGAGAGCCCGCGCCUGUUGAAGACCCACUUCAAUUACCAUAAUACGCCCAAAAGCAAGAAGGCCAAGUACAUUUUUGUGGGCCGGAAUCCCAAGGACUGUGUGACGAGCUAUUAUCAUCAUAACCUGGCCUUCAAACUCUACAACUGGGCUGACGGCGACUUCAACACGUUCGUUGAGCUCUUCUGUACCGGACAAUUGGCAUUUGGCGACUAUUUCGACCAUUUGUACAGCUGGAUGCCCCAUGUAAACGAUGAAAAUGUUCUUUUUGUUACGUAAGUUGGUAUCUCUAUUACCUAGUAAAGACUGUAAUCUCAUAAUGUAGCCAUAAAAUGGUCCUGUAACCCCUACAUUUUCAGAUACGAACAAAUGUCCACAGAUCUGCGAGCACAAGUCGUUAGGAUCGGAAAUUUCCUCGGCGGAAGGGCCAAGGAGAUGGUUGAAGACGACGAGAUCUUGAGCAAUAUCGUGGAUGACAGUUACAUCGACUCGAUGCGAAAAAAACAACACCGGUAUUUCCCUCAAGGCUCGUUGAAUUUGCCGUUCUUCCGACGUGGUGGGGUCCGGAAUUGGACCAAUUACCUGAACGCCAGACAAAGCAACCAAAUCUCGUGCAUCUGGAGGUAAGCCCUUUUUAAUUUACAUUUAGUGCUAUGUAUUAGAUACGAUGUAAUCUAAUUUUGCUCUAAAAAACUUCCUCAUACUGUACAAAGCAAUUUGAUUACAUAAAUUCCGUUUUGGGCGUCAGUAAUCGUAUUUAAAAUAUAAUUUUAAUUUGUUUUUGUUUUCAGAGCUCGAUUCCUCGGAACAGAAGCCCUCAACUGGUGGAGAGACGAGAUUUGUUGGGAUCCAGAUGCUCCUGAUGCCCUGGCCGAUACCCCUGACAUCGUUGUGACAGCCGACGAAGAAGAGUUCGAUAGCGAAGAGCUAUGCUCGGUGUCGAGGAGAGUCUCUUGUUUCCUGUCGCCGGAUUUCAUCCCAGAACGAAGGCUUUCCGUCAUGUCGAGCGGAUUCGGCUCGGUCUGGUCCUUGGCCGUCCAACAAGCCGUUGUCUAA